AUGGCGGGAUCCGACAGCUCCGAAGAAGACGAGCCUAUUGUGGCACCCCAGUCGUCACCUAUUGCUUACAAGGCGUGGAUGGACGAAGAUGCCGACGAGGAAGAGGAAGACGCCGAUCUGAGUCAAUUACAGCGCCAGCACUCGCCCAAGUUUAAGCGCUGCGUAGACGCUGUAGAAAAAGACAAGUGGAAUUCAGACGCUUGGAUUGCGCUUAUGAACGAGGUGCAACUGCUGCCCAUUGCCGAGGCACGCAAGUACUACGAGACGUUCCUGACGCAGUUUGCCACGUCUGGACGCUGGUGGAAACUCUACGCAGAGCACGAACUACGAGAGAAGCAAUAUGAUCGUGUGCAGGAAAUUAUUAAAAAGUCACUGAUGCAGUUGCGCUGUCCCAACGUGGAUCUUUGGCGCUUCUAUUUAGACUUUACCAAGGUUGUAAAACUGGGCGUGGCUGUGGACUCAAAAGAUCUGGCGGCUAUUGCAACAGCUAGACAAUUAAUGGUUGACGCUUUUGAGCUGGCAAUUGAACGUGUGGGAGGAUCUAUUCACGCUGCACCCAUAUGGCAGAUGUACUUGACGUUUUUACAGGAAGACCAGGAUCCACAGGCGUUUCUGAAUGUAAGAAAACUCUAUCAUCGUAUGGUCAUGGUGCCGCUCAUUGGCAUGGAGACAAUAUGGAGAGACUACGAGAAGUUUGAACGUGCAAUACCGAACAACGAAGCAUUGGCGCAGAAUUUUUUCAAGGUUUUUCGACCAAAAUUUGACGCAGCUAGAGCCGUCUUGAGAGACCGGAAGAAGCUGUACGAACAGGUUAAUACCAACGCAUUGGCACUGCCAGCCACGACCUCUCGAGCUGAUACGGCAGAUAUGGCAAACUGGCAGAAGAUUCUUGCUCUGGAAAUGGGAAACCCUGAAAGAUUGGACGCGCUGCGUCUUAAGUCGCGCAUGCGCUACACGCUCGAACUCUUUGUCAGUGUGAAACGGCUUUAUCCAGAGGCGUGGUAUCAGUACGCUUCGUACGAAAACCAAGGAAACGAUCCAGACGCAGCUACUAGUGUGUUUGAACGUGCGAUUGAGGCUGUUCCGGACUCAUGCUACCUGCACUUUGCAUUUGCCGACCACCAUGAACUACGUGGCGACAUCCCCGCUGCUAAGGCUAUUUACGAAAAGUUGAUUAAAGACAAUGUGUCGGCGCUUGCGUAUGUCACCUAUCAGCGCUUUGCUCGUCGUGCAUACGGCUCAAAGGGGCUGAGCGAGGCUCGCGCAGUCUUUAAAAGAGCACGCAAAGAUGAGCGAGAAGGAGCUUGCAGCUACCAUGUUUUUGCAGCUUCAGCCCUACUAGAGUUUUACAGCGACAAUUCUGAAAGCGGAAAAGACAUUGCGCUCAAAAUUUUUGAGCUUGGCUUGAAAAAAUGUAUUCAGGAGCCUGCUUACGUGUUAUGUUAUCUUGAAUUCCUUGGCCAUUUAAAUGAUGACAACAAUAUGCGGUCGUUGUUUGAGAAGGUAUUGUCAGUUAUGCCUUCGGAGGUGUCACGCCCGAUUUGGGACCGAUACGUUGAGUUUGAGCACACGAUGGUGGCAAGUGGCGGUGAUCUUGCCACUGUAGCAAAAGUAGAGGCUAGGCGUGCAUUGGCAUUCCCGGAUGGACCUUUUGUGGAAAUGAAAGGUCUACUAAGUAUUGCCCACCGGUACUCAUUCUUGGACCUGCGGCCACCGUCAAAUUGUGACCAGAAUUUUCUUGACAUGUACCGUGCAUCAUCCCGUGGUGGUUUGUUUGGAUCUAACCUUGAUAAUGGGAGCGAAAAUGGAGAUGGAGGUGCAGGGCUCGGUGGUGGCUUCGGUCUUGACAUGGAAAGACAUAUUCCGGGUCCUCCGCUCCCUGAAUUCUUGAAGGAGUUUGCUGGAAUGCUGCCGCUGAGCCUGCCCUGGAACGGUCCGAUCGCUGACGUGGAGCAUAUCUUUCGCGUGAUGCUGCUUGUUGACUUCCCUCCUCGUUCGCGCAUCGAGCAAAUGGCGCAGCAGCAGCAACAGCAAAUGCAGCAACAGUUAGCGCUUCAACAUCAGCAUCAGCUCCAGCAGCAAGCAGCUGAGGUCGAUAAGAGUAGCGGGCUCGGUGACGAUGAUGGCGCCUCGGGAGUGGUGAGCAAGCGUCCAGCGCACGAUAUCUUUCGCUCACGUCAAAAGCAAAAGCUAUCGAAGCUUGGCUAG